AGGGCCGUUAGCGCCUGCGAAGCUGCGCCUAAGGAGAAGCUGCGCUUCAGGUCACUGUAGGGGUGCUUCACUGACAGCAAUGGCAGCCACGGCGUUGGCCGCGCGUACCCGGCAGGCCGUCUGGAGCGUCUGGGCAAUGCAAGGCCGAGGCUUUGGCUCGGAACAGGGAGAUAAUGUUAGGUCCAGUGCAGGCGCGAUCCGGGACGCCGGUGGGGCCUUCGGAAAAAGAGAGCAGGCCGAAGAGGAACGAUACUUCCGAGCUCGUGCUAAAGAACAGCUGGCCACCUUGAAGAAACACCAUGAAAAUGAGAUCUCUCAUCAUGCAAAGGAGAUAGAGCGCCUGCAGAAAGAAAUUGAGCGGCGUAAGCAGUCGAUCAAGAAACUAAAACAGAGUGAGGAUGAUGACUAAGUGCAAAGUUCUCCAUAGAAUGGCUACCUAUUAUUGCCCACUUCUAUGUAGACAUAGUUCUGGUUUAACCAAAGUCAACUUGUGUGCUUCCAGCAAAUUAUAAUAAAUUGUCGUUAGUGAAAAAAAAAAAAAAAA